AUGGCCCGCACCCUCCCCCUCCUUCCCGUCCUCCUCCUCCUCGCUCUCUCCUCGCUCCUCUCCGUCACAUGCCGCCCCAGUCCUCUCGCCACCUCCAAUGCCGCCAGCAAAACCGGCGGCGGAAAACGCGGCGGGAGCCGUGGCGGGAAGCCUGGCGGGAAGCCCGGCGGGAAAUCCGGCGGGAAAUCCGGCGGGAGUAAGAAGGGCGUUUCCGCGGUGAGCUGCCCGUCGCCGUGGCCGGAGCUCGACAGCUGCCCCACCAGCGAGUCGCUGCCGGCGCUUGAGGAUGCGCAAACGGAGUUCCCAGGGGCGGUGUGGGGCGCGCUGCGGCCGCACAAGGUACCGGGGGCGCGCAACAGCGCAGCGGAUGCCACGUGGCUGAACAAGGACGAGCGCGACACGGAGGUGUACAUCGAGGAGUGCUGCUCGCUGUGCGCGCUCAACGACGCAUGCGAGUACUGGACGUUUACACGGAAGCUUGAUUCCAUCAAAGGCACAUGUCAGCUCUUCUCAAGCCAGCAGUGCGCCCCCAGCACUACCUAUUCCGCCAUCUCCUCCCCUGCCUCCUCCGCUUCUCCCCCCCGCACCCACCACCCCGUCGCCUCCCCCAAGGUCUCCUUCUCCUUCCGCAAGGCACCAGAAGACGCCGCCCUUCCGACCCCGGGCGGCUCCGACGGCACGACUGGCAAUGCUGGCACCAGCGCAAUCACCCAGCUGUACAGCGACACGUCAGCGCCUGCCACGUCAGCAGCGGCUGACGUGGCGCGGGGGAGGCUGUACGGUGUGGAUUCACCGGCAGCGGGGUGGAGUGUGAUUGGCGAGGCGGGGUAUUUGAGCAUUGGGGGGUGCUGUCAGGCUUGCAAGGCAGGGGCAAGCAAUGACUGCUACUACUGGACGUGGCAGCAUGAUCCACAGCAAGGGGAUUACGACAGAGGGCUGUGCACGCUAUUCCACAGCCAGGCGUGUCGCUUCAUGACAGACGAGGGCUUUUUCUCCCCGCCUGUGUUUGACCCCGCACAGACCAACACGUUCAUGUUCCCGCUGCCCUGUUACUCGGCUGUGUAA